GGGGGGCGGUGACCCCAGGGGGCCGGUGACCCAGCGGGGCUGGAAAAAACCGGAGUAGGAAGCCGGCUGGACGCUUCGCUUUGCGACUUGCAGGCAGCAGCAACAGCAACAGCGCAGGCCUGAACCAGCCUCCUUCGCAGCCAGCCUGCCCCCCAGGACUGGACAGUCGCUGAAGGCCCUGGGGGGGGGCCAGGACUGUGGUUGUGUCCCCCCCCCCCCCCGCACCGUCCUUAUCCCUGUCCCGCCCCACAACGCCCAGUCAAGAUGGGCCCAAGUUAGGGCAGCCAGCCUCGCUCAGCAUCCUCCAGGCCCUGAGGGGAGCCCAGGGACCCUGACCGCCUGACCUGCUCCCUGACAGCCAUGGAGACCAAGCUGCCCCCUGCGAGCACACCCACCAGCCCCUCCUCCCCGGGGCUGUCCCCCGUGCCCCCACCCGACAAAGUGGAUGGCUUCUCUCGGCGCUCCCUGCGUAGAGCCCGGCCACGGCGUUCCCACAGCUCUUCGCAGUUCCGCUACCAGAGCAACCAGCAGGAGCUGACACCGCUGCCCCUGCUCAAAGAUGUGCCCGCCUCUGAGCUGCAUGACCUGCUCAGCCGCAAGCUGGCCCAGUGCGGGGUCAUGUUCGACUUCCUGGACUGCGUGGCUGACCUGAAGGGGAAGGAGGUGAAGCGGGCGGCCCUCAACGAGCUGGUGGAAUGUGUGGGGAGCACCCGGGGCGUCCUCAUUGAGCCCGUGUACCCUGACAUCAUCCGCAUGAUCUCCGUGAACAUCUUCCGGACCCUGCCCCCCAGUGAGAACCCUGAAUUUGACCCCGAGGAGGACGAACCCAACCUGGAGCCUUCGUGGCCACACCUGCAGCUGGUAUACGAGUUCUUCCUGCGGUUCUUGGAGAGCCCAGACUUCCAGCCCUCCGUGGCCAAGCGUUAUGUGGAUCAAAAGUUUGUGCUGAUGCUCCUGGAGCUGUUCGACAGUGAGGACCCCCGGGAGCGUGAGUACCUCAAGACCAUUCUGCACCGGGUCUAUGGGAAGUUCCUGGGGCUGCGGGCCUACAUCCGCAAGCAGUGCAACCACAUUUUCCUACGGUUCAUCUAUGAACUUGAGCACUUCAAUGGUGUGGCCGAGCUGCUGGAGAUCCUAGGAAGCAUCAUCAAUGGCUUCGCGCUGCCCCUGAAGACAGAGCACAAGCAGUUCCUGGUUCGAGUCUUGAUUCCCCUGCACUCCGUCAAAUCCCUGUCUGUCUUCCAUGCCCAGCUGGCCUACUGUGUCGUGCAGUUUCUAGAGAAAGAUGCCACUUUGACAGAGCAUGUGAUCCGGGGGCUGCUCAAAUACUGGCCAAAAACCUGCACGCAGAAGGAGGUCAUGUUUCUGGGGGAGAUGGAAGAGAUCCUUGAUGUCAUCGAGCCCUCCCAGUUUGUGAAGAUCCAGGAGCCCCUGUUCAAGCAGGUGGCCCGCUGUGUCUCCAGCCCCCAUUUCCAGGUUGCAGAGCGGGCUCUGUAUUUCUGGAACAAUGAGUAUAUCCUGAGCCUCAUCGAGGACAACUGUCACACUGUGCUGCCGGCCGUGUUUGGGACCCUCUACCAGGUCUCCAAGGAGCACUGGAACCAAACCAUCGUGUCCCUGAUCUACAAUGUGCUCAAGACCUUCAUGGAGAUGAACGGGAAGCUCUUUGACGAGCUCACGGCCUCCUACAAGCUGGAGAAACAGCAGGAGCAGCAGAAGGCCCGGGAACGUCAGGAGCUUUGGCAGGGCCUGGAGGAGCUGCGGCUGCGCCGGCUGCAGGGCACCCCAGGGCCCAGGGAUGCACCCCUCCAGCGCCUUACACCCCAGGUGGCUGCCAGUGGUGGGCAGAGCUAGAGAGCCCCCCAGCAGGGGAGAUGUGAUAUCCAGAGCUGGCUACCCCUCCAUUCUUUCCCCUGCCCCAGGGCCCAGAGACACAUGUGUGCCCUGGCCCUGCCUGAGUAGGUUCUGUGGACUCCCCCCACCGGGGCCCUCUGGGGGAGCCUUGACCAGGGGAACCAGAAGAGGAGCGAGUGACCUGGGCAGCCAAGCUCUCUGGCCCUCGAAGAAGGACGUGACUGGGGAGCUGUGGGCAGGGCCAAGCUGGGCUCCGGAGCACAGGCGGCCCCACUCUUGCUCCCAGCCUCCCCCAAGGACUUGCGGCACCUUGGCUAUUCCGGCCUUGGGCGGCUGAGCCCCCUCCUCACCCCUACUGUGGGGCCUGGGGUCUAUUUAUUCUCUCCCAGCUCACCCUCCACACAGACACUGUCCUGUCCCUCCCUCCUUCGCCCUUGAUGUCCUUUGUCCCUUUUUAUUUAUUGGGCAGGGGGAGGGGUGAGGGCACAGGCAAAAUGAAGUUCAGUGUCUUGGGGAAGUGGGUCACAGGAACCAUGGUCUGCCCCCUUCCCCUGGCUGGGGGUAGACUUAAUAAAGAGCGAA